AUGGGUGACUAUUCGAAAGCACUUGAAUAUUACGAGAAAGCACUUAAAAUAAGAGAAAAAGCUCUGCCUCCGAAUCAUCCCUCAUUGGCUACGUCUUUCUCCUGUAUUGGUGGAGUCUAUAGCAACAUGGCUGACUAUUCGAAAGCACUUGAAUAUUACGAGAAAGCACUUAAAAUAAGAGAAAACGCUCUGCCUCCAAAUCAUCCCUCAUUGGCUAGUUCCUACAACAACAUUGGUGUAGUGUACUUCAAUAUGGGUGACUACUCGAAAGCACUUAAAUAUUCUAAAAAGGACUUGGAAAUCACAAAGCAAGUUCUCCCUGCGAAUCAUCCUAAUUUAGCUUUUCCAUAUAAGUGGUUUGGAAAUAUAUAUCGUGACAUGAAAGAUUAUCCAAAAGCACUUGAGAAUUUCGAAAAGUGUCUUUCAAUUCGAAAGAAAGCUUUACCUGAAAAUCAUCCAAAUCGAGCUACUACAUAUAGUGACAUUGGUGAUGUUCAUCGAUUAAUGGGUGAUUAUGAAAAAGCACUUUCAUUUCAUCGAAAAGCAUUAAAUAUUCAAGAAAAUGUUCAAUGUAAUCCUCUGGAAUGUGCAUUAACAUAUAUAAAUUUAGGUGAAACAUAUCGAGAAAUGAAAGAUUAUUCAACAGCAUUAACAUAUUUUCAAAAAGGAUUAGAAAUACGUGAGCAGAAAUUACCAAAAGAUCAUCCUGAUUUAGCAGUUGUAUAUCAUAAUAUGGGAAAAUUAUAUUUAUCUACUCGAAAAUAUAGUAUGGCAAUGACCAAUGUUCAACAAGCGAUAGAAAUUGCUCAAGAAAAAUUACCUUCAACUCAUCCACAUUUGUUGGAAUAUAAAGAAACAUUUGAAAAAAUUCGAAUGAAGAUGUAA